AUGUCCGGGGCAGCCGUGGGGAAAGGAGCAGCACCAGAGCCCGAGAGCUCGGAAGAGGAGCUGGAAGCAGGAGCCGUGACCCCAACGUGCUGCGGGCAGGGUGUGUGGGUGUCCCCGGGGAGGGAAGCGGCCCCCUGCGCAGGGGACACCGAAGGGAUGAAGGUGAGGAAGAGGAGCAGGCCCGCGCGCUCCAAGGCCAGGAGGAUGGCGGCCAACGUCAGAGAGCGCAAGAGGAUCCUGGACUACAACCAAGCCUUCAACGCCCUGCGCCUGGCCCUCAAACACGACCUCGGGGGCAAAAGGCUUUCCAAAAUCGCUACCCUGCGGCGAGCCAUCAGCAGGAUCACGGCCCUGUCCCUGUCCCUGCGCGGCGCCGGCUGCCGCUGGCCCUGCGCCCACCCCGAGUGCCGCGGCCGCGCCGGGAGCCCCGCGCAGCAGCCGGGGCCGGGGAACAGCCGCCCCCCGCUGCCCCGGGAGCCCGCGGCCGCCGCCGGCUCACAGCGCUGCCCUGCGGCCCCUCUCCGCGCCGGAUUGCCCCCGGAGAGGCAGCUGCAUCGCUACGAGAGCCCGAAGGAGGAUGGCCCCGUGCCCAGCCCUGCCUGUUGCUCCAGCGGGACGCAGCUCCUGGGGCUCCGAGGCGCCUGCCAGCAGCGGUACCCGGGCAGCCUGCACGACCCCCUGCCUGGGGUGGUCCCCUGGCAGCUGGGCUACUGCCAGAGCUGGGGACACCAGCAGUGCUUCCCCAUCCACUGA